GGGAAGAGGAAGAGUGUGAGCAGGUACCUCAGGCUUUACUGUGUGUUCGUGUGUUAAAUUAACGAAAUACAAGAGCGGAUUCACUGAUUUAAAAUGUAAUAUUACUGAAAAGACCCCUCCACCACCCUCAGUAUAGCAGAUUGUAAGGAUGGAAUUUGCGGAGUUGAUAAAGACCCCACGGGUGGAUAAUGUUGUCCUGCAUCGGCCCUUCAUGCCAAGGGUGGAGGGGACACUCUGUUUAACUGGCCACCACCUCAUCCUCUCCUCUCGUCAGGACAGCAACGAGGAGCUGUGGCUGCUGCACUCCAACAUCGACUCCAUCGAGAAGAGGUUUGUGGGCUCAUUGGGAACAGUUAUUGUAAAAUGUAAAGACCUGAGGAUAAUUCAGCUGGAUAUUCCUGGCAUGGAGGAGUGUUUAAACAUUGCAAGUUCUAUUGAAGCACUAUCUACUCUGGAUUCAGUCACCCUCAUGUACCCGUUCUUCUAUCGGCCCAUGUUUGAGGUGAUUGAGGAUGGAUGGAAUACCUUCCUUCCUGAACAAUCAUUUAAGCAAAUUGAAUCAUCGACUGACGAGUGGAGAUUGAGCUAUGUGAAUAAGGACUUCAGUGUCUGCCCCUCCUACCCCCCUGUUCUGGCCGUACCCAAGUCCAUCGACGACGAGACAAUCCGGAAAGUCGCCACCUUCAGACAUGCUGGCCGCUUCCCUGUUCUCAGCUACUACCACAAGAAGAACGGCAUGGUCAUGAUGCGGAGUGGGCAGCCUCUCACAGGCAGCAAUGGGCGGCGCUGUAAGGAGGAUGAGAAAUUGAUUAAUGCCACCCUGCGGGCAGGAAAGCGUGGCUACAUCAUCGACACCCGCUCAAUUAACGUGGCGCAGCAGGCCAAAGCCAGGGGAGGGGGCUUUGAAGUGGAGGCCCAUUACCCGCAAUGGAGGAGGAUCCACAAGACGAUUGAAAGGUCUAACAUUCUACAGGAGAGCUUGAUUAAGCUGGUAGAAGCCUGUAAUGACCAGUCUCACAAUAUGGACCGCUGGCUUAGCAAGUUGGAGGCCUCCAAUUGGCUGACCAACAUCAAGGAAAUACUCACCACAGCCUGCCUCGCUGCACAGUGCAUUGACAGGGAGGGUGCCUCGGUGCUGGUCCAUGGAACUGAGGGGACAGACUCCACACUGCAGGUGACCUCUCUGGCACAGAUCAUUCUCGAUCCAACCAGCAGGACAAUCCGCGGCUUUGAGUCUCUUGUGGAGAGAGAGUGGCUGCAGGCAGGCCACCCAUUCCAGCAGCGCUGUUCCCAGUCUGCAUACUCCAACAGCAAGCCCAAGUGGGAAGCGCCCGUUUUCCUGCUGUUCCUGGACUGUGUCUGGCAGAUCUUGCGUCAGUUCCCAUGCUCCUUCCAGUUCAAUGAGCACUUCCUCAUCCUUCUCUUUGAGCAUGCCUAUGCCUCCCAGUUCGGCACCUUUUUGGGGAACAAUGCCUUUGAGCGGAGAAAGCUGAAGUUGCCACAGAAGACGGUGUCGCUGUGGUCCUGGGUGAACCGGCCCCAGGACACUGAGAGGUUUCUAAACCCCCUGUUUGAAGCCAACAGCCUGGUGAUCUGGCCCUCCGUUUCCCCACAGAGUCUGCUGCUCUGGGAGGGUGUGUUCCUGCGCUGGAAUCGCAGUUCUAAGUGCCUGGAUGAAGCUUAUGAUGAGAUGAUCCACAUCAUUGAGCACAACAAGGAGCUGCAGAGCAAGGUGAACACACUGCGCAGGCAGCUGGCUGAACUAGAGACUGAGGAUGUGCAACUGGAGACCCCAUAAACCAUGACAGAGGUGCUGGACCAGCAGCUCUCAAUUCAUUUAAAUUACACUAGGAUCUCCCCCUUCCCCUUACAAAACACUAGAAUGACAGAGAUGCACAGGGACUUGCUUCCAGCAAGAAAGAGGUUGAGCAGCCAUUCCUCAGUCCAUGAAAUUAAAAAUGAAAACAGAAUUCAUGUUCCCCUCUCUGUUGGAAAGCAGGUUGAAUAGAUUUCUAAUUAAUUUAGAUGUAGACUGCAUUAUAAAGUCCUUGGCAAAUUAUCAUUUCCCUAGCAAUGCAGUGUACGACCUUGAGCAGGUCUCUUUCCAUGUGUCUCAUCCAGACAUCAAAUUCAGAACUAAAUAAGAAAAAAAUCUAUUAAAAAAAAUAAUGUGGGGAGAAUAUAUUCAUAGAUUUCUAAAUGAAGCUAACAGUUAAUAAAAAAUAAAAUAAACUGCCACAUUAUAGCUCUUCAUGUUGUGUACAACACUGGCUUGUGUUGUUUGUAUGGUGGGGUGGGAGGGUAUAGUUUGAUAAGUCUUGGGGUUUGAAAGUCCUCUUGCACAUGAAUCUAUUUGGCAAGAACACUGGUAGAGUGAACUAACAUAAGAAGCUGGUCAAGCUGUACUCUUUACAAAUGUUACAGAUUCAAAUAGAUUUCACUUGUUUCCGUUUAAAGGUUCAUACAUUUGGAGGCAAAGAACAAGGAUACAGAAAAGACAUUAUAGUUUCACCUUUGACUUUGGAUUCUGCAUGAACUAACAUUGUAGGAAUUGGAAAGUAGUGGCUUUACAGGCUCUAAAUGAUGAGAUGCAUUGCAGUUGGAACGAGGCGUUUUCUUGUAAGACCAGUUAUGAACACACUUUUACACAUCUGUUGAAUUCACAGCUGCCAUACGAGUACAAAAAAUCCAGAACAUGAAUUAAGGUUCUGCCCACAUUUAAAUGAUUUCAAUUGGAACGCAUUUUAAGAUGUUAUAAAAACACUCCAAUUAUUGUACAUGAGCACAAUGUGUGAGCCAGUAUCACGAAAACACUAAUUAUCGAUAUUAACAACCUGUUUUUCAACUGCCGCUAUGCUUUCAGUUGGAAUGUAAAACCGAAACAGGUCGAUGGGCUGUAAAAUCAUCCUGGGAGCAAGCAUUUAAGAUCCAAAGUUCAUCCAUUCAUUUGUGAAAGAUGUAUUCACUUUUAUUUCAGAUGACUUGACAUGAAGCUGAACUUGCAUCAUUUUGGUUCUUCCAUUUUAGAAAGCAUUACAAAAUGCUUUUUAAGAACUGUCAAAGAAAUAAAUACCCUAAAACGUCAUCAUCCUAUUAGCAUUGUGUAAUGAGAUGAUAGAGGGUAAGCCCUAAUGUUCUAAACCUGAUUCUUUUUUUUGUUUGUUUUUACUGUAUUUAUUUAUUUAUGUGUCUAACCCAACUGGACAUGUAGCCAUUCUAACCCAAUCUUCUUUUUUUAAGUAGUGAUUUAAAAGUCACUAUAUUUCAAUAAGUGAUGUUGGUGUAAUCGGGAACACUGUAGAAAAGACUCACCCGUCACAGUAUGUAAUUAAGAUUUGUGUCUUAAGAAUGUUUAAUAGAAAUGUGUUUGGGAAUGUAUAUUGAUGUUGCUGUUUUAAAAUCGUGUGUUUUCUGUUAUGUGACGUGUAACAGCACUAAAGCAUUAAAAUGUACUGUGCAAUAAAUUGUCACCAAAUGA